GCUCGUCCUUCACAAACUCUACCACGCAGGUUGUCGCCAGAGAAAUACCAAGGUCAAGAUCAUAAUAUUAAAUAUCUGAUCUUAUUACUUUCUUUCUCUGAGGGACUGCCACUUGAAGCCUUCUACCACCGGUCGACUGUUGCCGUCUAAGCGACUCGCAGCGCCCACGAUUCCCUGCGGGACCGCCUCGAUUUGAAAUCCUGGGAGUUGGGAUCUGCCAAAUCAUGGCCUAUGUCGUCCCAAUUCACCGCGCGAGCAGCGUUCGACACGCGCUGAAGCUUCAGUUCUUCCAACCGGAGGAAGAUUGCCUGGUUGUCGCCAAAGGAGGCCGCCUUGAAUUCUACUCGCUCACCCCCGAUGGCCUGACGUUGACAAGUUCUCGUGCGCUUUAUGCAAAGGUUUCCAUGCUGGCACGGCUGCCAGUACCGGCUAAUUCGACGACCGAUCAUUUAUUCGUCGGCACUGAUCAGAAUACAUACUUCACAUUAAAAUGGGACAGCGAGAAGAAAAUCGUUCGUACAGAGAGGAGUUAUGUUGAUUUAGCCGACAAGGCAUCUCGAGAGACCCAGAAUGGCGACCGCUGUCUGAUUGACCCGAGUGGAAAAUUUAUGACGUUGGAAAUUUUCGAAGGCAUUAUCACCGUCCUACCAAUAGUACAAGCACAUAAGAGACGAGGGAAGCCGCCAGUAAUCAGCACUGGGCAUUAUAGUAAUCCGGACGAACCCCCAAUCCAGAUUGGAGAGUUGGGCGAGCCCAUGAUCACGAGGAUUGAUGAGCUUAUGGUUCGGUCGUCCGCCUUCCUACAUGUUGAGAGCAAAGCACAUCCGCGUUUAGCACUACUUCACGAAGAUAACCAGCGAAAAGUCCAGCUGAAAAUUAGAGAACUCAAUUUCGAGGCCCCCACAGAACCUGUCUUUCAAGACACGGAUUAUUUUGCUCAAGAGUUGGAUCUGGGAGCUUCGCAUUUGAUACCAGUUCCAGCGCCUCUAGGGGGGCUCUUGGUUUUGGGAGAAACUUCUAUUAAGUACAUUGAUGAUGCUAGUAACGAAACGAUUUCCAGACCUCUUGACGAGGCUACGAUAUUUGUUGCAUGGGAACGGGUUGAUGGCCAACGAUGGCUACUUGCUGAUGACUACGGUCGAUUGUAUUUCCUGAUGUUGGUACUGGAUACUCAAAACGAGGUGGAAGGCUGGAAGAUAGAUUACCUCGGGCAGACCUCGCGAGCAUCAGUUCUGGUUUAUUUAGGUGCCGGUGUAACUUUCGUUGGAUCCCACCAAGGUGAUUCCCAAGUUAUUCGCAUCGGUGAUGGCUCCUUCGAAGUUAUUCAAACCUUGUCUAACAUUGCGCCUAUUUUGGAUUUCACCAUCAUGGAUCUUGGUACCCGGGAAGGGGAAAAUUAUACCCACGAAUUCUCAUCCGGCCAGGCUCGCAUAGUCACUGGGUCUGGUGCCUUUAACGACGGAACUUUACGGAGUGUGCGAAGUGGUGUGGGUAUGGAAGAGCUAGGUGUAUUGGGAGAAAUGGAGCACAUUACCGAUAUGUGGUCACUCCAAGUUUCUAGUACAGGGAACUUUUCAGACACUCUUGUGGUUACCUUUGUCAACGAGACGCGGGUGUUUUCCUUCAGCCCCGAAGGUGAAGUUGAAGAGCUAGAUGAAUUUUUCGGAUUGAACUUGUCAGAGAAUACCUUGUUGUCGUGCAAUCUAUCUGGGGGUCGCAUUUUACAUGUUACGGAAAGUGGCGCGAGUAUAGCUGAGGUUGAGAGUGGGAUGGUUACCACAAAUUGGUCACCGGAUUGCCAGACAAUUACAUCCGCUUCAUCAAACGAGGAGCACGUCAUUCUCGUUGUAGGAGGUCAGAUUUUGUUUGUUUUGGAAGUAAAGCGUGAUCUCAAGGUCAUCUCGCAAAAGGACUUCGGCAAGGACAAUCAGAUCUCCGGUGUUACGAUCCCAUCAUCGCCCUCACGGAUAUGUAUCACAGCUUUUCCACAAAGAGCGCAAGUGUCUGUUCUAUCUUUGCAAGAAUUAAAUGAACUGCAAAGUGAAUCGCUAGGGACUGCUCACGAGGCUUUCCCACGAGCCGUUGUCUUAGCUGCUAUUUUGCCAGACAGUCCGUCAACUCUGUUUGUCUCCAUGGCAGAUGGUAGUGUUGUGACAUUCUCUUAUGAUGCGAGCAACCACUCGUUAACCGGUAUAAACAAACUAAUCCUUGGCUCGGAGCAACCAACGUUCAAGAAACUUCCUCGUGGUGAUGGGCUAUUCAAUGUAUUUGCAACAUGCGAGCAUCCUAGUCUGAUAUACGGCUCUGAGGGCCGGAUCAUCUACUCGGCAGUGAACUCUGAAGGCGCAACCCGAGUCUGCUAUUUCAAUACGGAGGCCUAUCCCGACUCUAUUGCAGUUGCAACGGCAAGCGAUCUGAAAAUAGCACUUGUAGACAAAGAGCGCACUACGCAGAUCCAGACAUUACCAAUUGGGGCCACUGUUAGACGAGUGGCAUAUUCUCCUACGGAGAAAGCGUUUGGUAUCGGGACGAUUAAACGCACGUUGCAAGAUGGCGCAGAAUUAGUGGAGAGUCAAUUUGUGCUGGCCGACGAAAUAAUGUUCCGACAGCUAGAUUCCUUUGAUCUGAAUCAAGAUGAGCUGGUUGAAAGUGUGAUACGUGCUGAAAUACCUUCUGGAAAAGAUGAAACAGGACAGUCAAUUUCCAGGGAUCGGUUCAUUGUUGGCACCGCAUAUUUGGAUGACGAAGGGGAAGAGUCGAUUCGAGGACGUAUUCUCGUGUUUGAAAUUGAUCCAAAUAGAAAACUAAAUCUGGUUACGGACCACCCUGUCAAAGGAGCAUGUCGCGCGUUGGCUAUGAUGGGCGACAAGAUCGUUGCUGCUCUUAUCAAGACUGUUAUUGUCUUCAAGGUUGAGCAGCAACGAUUCGGAAAAAUUCAACUGGUCAAAUCCGCCGUGUACCGAACGUCGACGGCGCCCAUUGACCUUACUGUUAAUGGCAAUACGAUUGUUGUUGCCGAUCUUAUGAAGAGUAUCUCUGUUGUCGAGAGUGGUAAAAAUGAGCAGUUUCAAGAAGAAGCAAAAGAAGUAGCCCGUCACUUUGCAACUGUAUGGACCACAGCAGUUGCAGAUAUUGGACUGAACCAAUGGCUUGUCAGCGAUGCUGAAGGGAACCUCAUUGUGCUUCGCCGGAACGUGGAUGGCGUUACAGACGAAGAUCGACGACGCCUAGAAGUAACCAGUGAGUUGCUUCUCGGUGAAAUGGUAAACAGGAUCAGACCAGUCCACAUCCCUCAAACUUCCACGGUUGCCGUGACUCCGAAGGCAUUCCUAGGGACGGUCGAAGGAUCAAUAUACCUUUUUGCAAUCAUCAACCCGGAACAUCAAGACUUCCUCAUGCGUCUUCAAACUACAAUCGCUGCCUACGUUGACUCUCCAGGUCAAAUGUCGUUCAACAAAUUCCGAGCUUUCCGCUCGACAGUGCGUGAGGCCGAAGAGCCGUUUAGAUUUGUUGACGGUGAGCUGAUUGAGAGGUUUCUGGAUUGCGAGCGGCCAGUCCAAGAGGAGAUUCUGGGCUUAAUAGGUGCCAGUAUUGAGCUGGCGACGGUGCAGAAAAUGAUUGAAGCCUUGAGGAGAUUACAUUAGUUAUUGGUCCAAUGAGUCAAUCGUGUGGAUAAAUAUAUCAAUUGAUAGAUUAAUAGGAUGGAAGUUUAAUGACUAUCAACAUGCAUCAAUGUUUUGGGGACUACAUGAAUUUCAUCAUAAGCUAUAUCACAUACCAAAGUGAUAUCUAUAAU